AUGUUUCGAUUACUUCUGGUAAUCUCUUUGAUUCAUCGUGGACACGCCAUUCAAUGUUCAGAAGCGACGGCUACCAUCAACUCAGUCUGCGAGGGUGAUCUCUGCUAUCAAGUGGGCUCUGGCGCGUCUCGAGGAUGUAUCAGUGGAAUGAAAUACCUCAAUGAGGGAUGUUACUUUGCACAAGUUGUCGAGUUCUUCGUUUGUUUGUGCAGAAGUGAUUUCUGCAAUCUCUAUCUACUCGAUGCAAGCGCUUCCAAAUCAGUCACGAAUGUUGCAUGGGGAAAUCGCUCUUUCCCAAUCACCAUUUAUUCAUCGAUCACUUGCAAUUCGAACAAUUUGAACUCAAUUUCCAGUAUAAAUGGUCAAUUUUGUUCAUCAAAUGGAGUUUUGAACAAAACCACGUCCGCUUAUUCGGUUGUUCUUUCUGAUGAAACCUCGUUCGCUGAUGGGCUUUUUGGGAUUCAUCCACCCGCUUAUCUAACAUCAACACCAACACCAUUCUACUUUGGCGGCUACUACAGUUUCCAAACGAAUUCGCAAGAGUCUUCGGCUUAUCAACUAUGCAAUUGGGAUGUUUGCAAUGAGAAUGGCUAUAUUCUACCCUCAUCCACAAAUCUCAUAUGUUUUAUGAGUGGAAGCACGGACGGGGAAACUUGUCAAGGACAAUAUUGCUUCAUUCAAAUAACUAAAUCGGAUAAUUCGACGAUUUUUGGUUGCUUCACUCAAGACGAUUCGAAAGCGAUGGGAAGGGUUGAGGUUGGCGUUUAUCAAUUCGAUGACAAAGUCUACUAUUUCUCCGGAGCU